CUGUGAAAAUUCUAUCCAUAUUCAUAUCCCUUCCCAAAAUCAGCACCACACAAAACAUGCUCAGUACACACUCUAACAACACAGCACUACGCGCAGCUACUGGUAAACAAAGAAGCCAUGGCUUCCAUGGCCAUCAGACAGGUACUUAACGUUGUCCAUGCUUCCCAUGUGAAAUUCUCAUCAUUGCCCUUCAUCAAACCUAAGUCACCUACAUUCAUCCCCAACAACAACAUUGUCCACUUCCUUGGUCUUGCUGAAUUUUCGAGCAAACAUAAUCUAGUUGCAGUCUCUAAGGCAUCAUCAUCAACUGACAACAUUUCACCUGUAGAUAACUAUGAAGAGGGAGUUUCUUUAGGUACCAUGAAACUUCCCUCGGACACUGAUGUUGCUAGAUUUGAAACCUUGCUCUUUCAGUGGGGGAACAGCUUAUGCCAAGGAGCUAAUUUGCCACUUCCAGUGCCACUCAAGGUAGACAAAAUCCCUGGUGGAGCUAGACUUGGUUUCAUUACAGUUGGAGAUGGAGAGACAGAAGUCCUCGUGUACAUAGAUUGCUUGGUGUUUCCGGCUACUGAUACCUCUGUUCCAAUGUUUCGCGCCAUAAGAAAUGGGCCCAGGAAAGAUCAGCCACCCCCAGGCGAGCCAAGAAUCAUGAGAAGCCUAUUAGAUGCCCUGAAGAAGUGUGUUGAAAUAGCAAGAAUUUAAUUUUUUACUCACUUGGGCUGUAAAAUUUGUUCUGAUAUACAUACCUGUCUGGUGUUAAUUAUUUAAUCCUGUAAGGUACUUGGGUUUGUUUCAAUCUUACAGACAGAUUACAACACAUCAUCAGUCUGAUGUUCAUUUGAUA